GUAGGUUCACCACAAAACUAACAAAGUGAGUACACAGACACUCAGCACAGCACAGCAACCAGCAACGGGGGAGCAUUGGGCAGCAGGGACGGACGGGCGUCAAUGAGAGAGAGCGCUCAGAGGAAUAUGGAGGAUACUAUGGAAGACGACGUUGGAGGAAUAUCUGCGUGAUGGCGAAGAAGAGGGGGAGAUGUUGCUGGACUUGCUGUGCUUGAUGCUCGGAGAAAGCCCGUGCCAAGAAUGCUUGCUGACGGAUUGCUUCUCGCAAUCUUUCGCCCUUGUCAAAACUUUCGACUAUUCCCUUUCACAACUUUCCACAACCUCCAGAUGGGUAUCGACAUCCGCCGCCACCACGUCAAGAAGGGAAACAGGGCCGCUCCCAAGUCUGAGGAUGCCUACCUUCUCUUGCUCGUCAAGCUCUACAGGUUCCUCGCCCGAAGGACCGACUCCAAGUUCAACCGAGUCAUCCUCAGGAGGUUGUUUAUGAGCAAGAUCAACCGACCCCCCAUCUCCAUCUCCCGAAUCGUCAAGGAGACCAAGGGUUCCAACCCCGACAACUCCAAGACCGUUGUCGUUGUCGGCACCAUCCUCGACGACGAGCGUCUCCCCGAGGUCCCCAAGCUCACCGUCGCUGCCCUCCGAUUCUCCACCGGUGCCCGUGAGCGUAUCACCGCCGCCGGCGGUGAGGCCAUCACCCUCGACCAGCUCGCUCUCCGAGCCCCCACUGGUUCCAACACUGUCCUCCUCAGGGGUAAGAGGAACGUCCGUGAGGCCGUCAAGCACUUCGGUGGACCCCUCAAGGGCGGUAAGCCUUACAUUGAGAGCAAGGGUAGGAAGUUCGAGAAGGCUCGUGGUAGGAGAAAGGUGUGUUUGUUUACUGGAGUGCAUGGAGUAUGGCUGACAAGCUUGCGAUUACAGUCCAGGGGUUUCAAGAUCAAGUCUACCCACAAGUAAACUGCUCACAGGAGUUAGUGAAGCUUUUUGGAGGCGGGUCUCAUACGUGGUGGUGGGACUUUGUGGUGUCGUUGGGAUGUUACGAUUUCCUCAUGCACCAUUUUCCGAAUACUGGAGACCCAAGAGCGCAUCCAUACUGGAGACCGUGCAGGAGAGGACGGACAUGCUGAUGAUGUAGGAUACCAAU